CACAAUUGUCGCGUUGGUCCAGGAGAUUCUAAGAAUCUACCCUGCACUUUCGCCUCCAACUUUAACGUCGGCUGCAUCAACCCGAGUUUGCAACGCCCUCACACUUUUUCAGCUGAUAUUCCAUUGUACCUGUACCCAUUCUUGCGUACCGUAGACAAGGCCCAAGCUUUUGAGCAAUUGCGGCUCGCCACUUUGGGUGUCAUUGGUGCUCUGGUAAAGGAUGAGAAUACUAAAGCUACUGAGUAUUUGCUCAAAUGUGAAACCAUUCCUUUGUGCUUGAAUAUCAUGGAGAUAGGCAAUGAGCCUUCAAAAACCGUGUCCACUUUCAUUCUCCUAAAGGUUCUGCGAAACGAAGUUGGUCUGCGGCACUGCUGUGACACUCGCGGUCCUUUCUAUGAUAUUGCUUUACAAAAGAGGGUUAACUCACCAGAUGAACGGCCUUCGGCAAGGUUGCUGAGGUCCAUUAUCCAGUGUUACCUUAGGCUAUUAGAUCAUCCUAGGGGCCAUGCGGUGUUAAAAACAUGGUUUCCCAGCGUGCUACAAACCGGGACAUUCAAUGACUAUCUCACGAAGGAUCCUUCAAUGCAAGAGUGUCUGCAGCAACUGUUGGCUAAGAUGGAGGCUGGGAGUCCCAUCAGGUCGCUCCAUUUUCUCCGCUGCAGUGACAACGCUAUCAUACCAUGAAUCGCACAAUAUCGUUGCAGUUUCCAUCGAGACAGCAAAAAAAAGGUUGUUGUGUUAAUAAGCCUUGGGCAAUCAUCGGUGUUUGGAACAUGUAGAGACUGUAAUAAAUUAUAGGGGACGGAAGAAGCCCCUAUACAUGAUGAUCCUUCUCUUCUGCCGUAUUCGUAUUUGCGUGUUAAUUAAAUAAAUAGUAGCUAAGUUAUUAUGGUUCCAUGUUGGGGAGGUUGUUGUGCUACCGUUGGAAUUAUGGAACGUAAAUCGUAUUGAGUUGUCAUGGAGAUUGUUGCUUUGUUGAUCA